AUGAGAACUGAAACUAACUUAUUAGUAUCAGGAUCUCUCAUUAAAUGGGACGCUGUAGAACUCUGUGAAAUGCAUUUUGAUAGCAGCAUCUCUUACAAGUUUCUCAGAAUGUCUUAUAUCGUUUUGGUAUACUUCGGCAACUUACCCCACGUGUACUUCGACAACCGCACCCUCUUCGCCAACGUGACCUCAAACCGUCCCAACUUCAACGUGAGUCGCCUCGACGCCGGCACGAGCUACCAGAUCAAGGUGUACGUGAGUCACGGCCCCGUCACGUCGCAGCCGGUCGUCGUCUCGGCCUACACGUCGCGCACCUCCAGGACCGCGCCAGGAGACACGAGCACUUCUGAAGGAGGCGUGUCGGUGGGAGGUGUGGUGGGCGGGCUGGCAGUGACGCUGGUGUUGCUUGUGGGCGUCGUGGUGAUGAGGAACUACUGCAGGCGACGCCGAGGCAGGAGGAAGCAGGAACCCCGCCCACAAUCCGACGAUAGUAACCCUGACGUAGUGCCCAAUAUUGAAGAAACUUAUGACUUACUGGCGCCAGGAGAGCCAAAAGCAGAGGCCUCCUAUGACUCCAUGAAUACCCCAAUGCCCGAAGACGUACCCAUGGUGAGUCGUGGGUGAAGAGCUGUUGAU